ACAGAUAGAACCAGACUUCAUCUCAGUUUCAUUAGAUAGUACGCCGAUUGACGAUUCCGUUUUUGCCGUUUCGAAAACAUGGAUCUUCGUACGCUUCCAUUUUCGAUCUUCGUCCUCUCCGUCGUUAAUUGCCAAUCGAAUUUUAAACAGUUGACUGAUAUUGUUUCUUCCAACUAUAACAACUCAACAGAAAUUCAACAAAAUUUGAAUACGACUGUUAUUCUGCCAACAACUCUUCAGAAUUUGUGUACAAUAUGCUCCUGUGGUUUGAAUUUCGUGAACUGCACUCAACGAAAUUUGAACAACACCUUUGAGGAUGCGCAAUGGCCGAAACAACCGAUCGUGGAAAUUUCAUUUAGGAAAAAUAAAUUGGUUCAUAUUAAGCCUUUUCCAUCGGUCGUCAUAGAGAAAUUGAUCCUUCGACAAAAUCAGAUUACACGUAUAGAUAAUAGCGCUUUCAAAAAGAUUAUUAAUCUUACCGAAUUGGAUCUGAGUCAUAAUGAACUCACGACGGAAAAUUUAAAACCUCAAGUUUUUGAGGGCAGAUUUUCGCCGGAAGCUUACGAACCGUUAUCGAAGCUGACAAAAUUAAAUCUUGCUAACAAUGCGCUUCACGCUUUAGACCAGGAUCUCUUCGAGCAUGUACCUUCCCUUAAAGUGUUGAUUCUUAAUGGAAAUCCAUUGAAAAUGGUAGAAGGUCAUACUACUCUUGCCAUAAAUAGUCUACCGUAUUUGGAAGAACUUGAUAUCAGUUUCUGUGAUCUAGAUGAAUUACCAAAACAUAUAUUCUAUAAACCCAGAUACCUGAAGAAAUUGGUAUUAAAUGGCAACAGAUUCAAUGAAAUACCAAAGGCUUUAGCAAGGGCAACAGCAGUAGAGAUUUUAAGUCUUGACGAAAAUCCAAUAAAGAUAAUCAAUCGAUUGAACGCAUUCCCGCUGAUGCCCAAUCUGAAAGAAUUAAAUCUGUGUUGCAUGCCAGAUCUGAUUGAAAUUGGUAGUGAAUCUUUUUCUAAAUUAAUAGGUUUGGAAAUUCUCCGUAUACAGAACUGUCCGUUGUUGAAGAAGAUUGACGAGAACGCCUUGAAGAAGGAAAUGGCUAUGUGGCCGCCUUUGAAGAUCCUCGAUUUAUCGGAUAACGCCCUACGUUAUUUACCGUCGCAACUCGUAGGAAGGUGGGACAGGCUUGAAGAAUUGGAUCUGAUGAACAACGAAUGGAGCUGCGAUUGCAAUAAUCAAUAUCUGAUCAAUUCUUUACUACCACAUCAUGGAAAAAGAUUGAUGGGCGAAGAAGUGAACGAAUUGAAGUGCAAUAGUCCGCUGGAAUAUUCCAAGCAAAAUCUUAUGUCCCUAGCGAAUAAAAAAUUGCAUUGUUUCGACAUAUACGAAUCCCAUUCCAGCAAAAUUGGCGUCUUACACAUCGGGGUUGUAGUCGGCUUAUUGUUUAUUAUCCUGCUCAGCCUUGCGAUAAUCAUUCUCUAUCAACGAGGACACUUUAUUCUUUGCAAUAGUCGAGGAGCAGCGACAUAUUCCCGAGCCUUUUACAAACGUACAUCAAAUGAUUACGACAUUUAGGAAUUUAUAGUAAUUAGUAUGAUUAGAAUCUAGUCUAGACGAAGAAGACAUUUUAUACGGAUUAGUAGUUCAUUGAUAUCAUUAAGACAUUAAUAUUUCAUUUAUUCUUAAAUAUCUUAAGUAUUUGAUCGUUGUAUGAUCAUUGAACAUCUUUCUUUUUUUUGUAAGA